UAAUAAAUUUGUUUAUUUGUCGCAUAAGACAAGCAGCCACCUAAUGGCUUAUCAUAAAAUUCGCUGUACUUAACAACUCCUCAAGCUGUUGACUCUGGAAAGAUAGGAGAGACAGAGAGUGACCGGUAACCAAUGGCAAAGGAUUCAACUUCAAGUAGAGGGCGAUGGUCUCUCAAAGGAACAACUGCUCUUGUGACGGGUGGAACUAAAGGAAUUGGGUUGGCUGUUGUAGAGGAGCUGGCAGCACUGGGGGCAACAGUUUACACAUGCAGCCGCAACCAAGAUCAGCUGAAUGAAUGCUUGAAAGAAUGGAAGAUGAAGGGUUUUCAAGUUUUCGGUUCCGUAUGUGAUGCAACGUCUCCGGCUCAAAGGGAAGCCCUCAUCAAUAAUGUUUCCUCCAUGUUUAAUGCCCAACUUAACAUCCUCAUAAACAAUGUGGGGACAAACGAUUGGAAACCAACUGCGGAAUAUACAAAUACAGAACUUUCGACUUUGUUGAGUACCAAUUUCGAAUCGGCUUACCACUUCUCCCAACUUGCUUAUCCCCUUCUCAGAGCAUCGGGACGUGGAAGCAUUGUUUUUGUUUCUUCUGUUGCCGGUGUAUUCUCAAUCAAUGUUGGAUCUAUCUAUGGAUCAACUAAAGGAGCGAUGAACCAAUUAACAAAGGAACUGGCAUGUGAGUGGGCAAAAGACAACAUCAGGACCAACUGUGUCGCCCCAUGGUUCAUCAGAACCCCGCUUACUGAACAAGUUCUGAGUAGCAGUAAGUUCAUGGAAGCUGUGGUCUCUCGAACACCACUGGGUCGAGUUGGAGAGCCGGAAGAGGUUGCCCAUUUGGUAGCAUUUCUUUGCCUUCCAGCAUCUUCAUUCAUAACGGGCCAAAUUAUUUGUGUUGAUGGUGGGCUCACAGCAAAUGGGUUUUUCUUUCAUAGAUCAAACCUUUGAAUAAAUUACUGCAUUAAACAAACACUGACUGGAUUGCAGGUCUUUGUUAAUGGUGUCUCGUCGCCACUAAAUGAUAUUCAUCCAAGGUUUUUAUAAA